UGCAGGUUGGCUGCUGUCUUACAUUGAUCUAGGAUACUAGAUGCAACUGCUGUUCUGAAUGUAGCGAGCAGAUAGUAGUAUUAGAUUGUUGUGAUGCCUAGGUGUAGACAACAUAUGGAUUUCCAAUACUGAGAAUUGAUUAUUUUUCCAUUCGCUUUCUCUUGCUAGCAGACCUGACAGAUCACUUCGGGUACUUCUAUAUACAGGCUUGCCAGAAAAGAGAGAAACUAAAGGGGGCAUAGCACAUAAGAGGGCCUUAAGGAGAGUGUAGCUGUAGAAACAGGGUUAGGUAGAUAGACUGCCAUGAGAGAGGAUCCGUCAAGCUGUGGUGAAUACCCUGAGGGAGGGGUGGUGUCCAGCGAGGAGGAGCCAGACUGUGCUCCAAUCAAAUACCCUGUGGUGCUGGUAACACCAGGGGCCGGCGGGCGCAAGAGUGUCUCCAGGAAAGACAACAUUUCAUCGCCAACAGAGGACAACAAGUCAUCGACAGGAGGGCCUCCCAGUCUGAUCCCAUCAGGACCCAAGAGGCCUAAGAAGAGUCCCCAGCCCUCCCUGUCUCCUCUCCCCAUCCCAGGCCAGCCCCUGGAGGACCCUCAGCACCAACGGGUGAUCGCCAAUGUACGGGAGCGCCAAAGGACGCAGUCCCUGAACGACGCCUUUGCCUCGCUGCGUAAGAUCAUCCCCACGCUCCCCUCAGACAAGCUGAGCAAGAUCCAGAUCCUAAAGCUGGCCUCGCGUUACAUUGACUUCCUCUACCAGGUCCUGCAGAGCGACGAGAUGGAUGCCAAGCUAGCCAGCUGUAACUACCUAGCCCACGAGAGACUCAGCUAUGCAUUCUCGGUGUGGAGGAUGGAGGGGGCCUGGUCCAUGUCCGCUACCCACUAGCCCUGUCACCUACCUCUCUAACACCCCCUCACUCCUCUCCUGCCCCAGCCAAUCUCCCAUGACCUCUGACCCCUGCUCUCUGACCCUCAUCCUCACAGCAUCUAACUCUUAUCAUUCUACACCAGCACCGUACCAAGGCGACUGAGAAGCCUCCACCUGUUGGUCUGCAAUCCCUUUGUUUACUGGUUUGGAACUACACCUCUGGACCAACUAAAUCAAAGAUAUGAGCCUGCCCUCACUCUGGAGAGGUACUGUAGAGAGACUCAGCUUCCUCGAGCCCACACAGAAUCUAUGGGACAAUGAUUCAGAGCUACUAGCAGGUCUAGAAGAGGGACAACUAUAGAGUUUUAGGACCUGGAAAUUGCAACUUGUGACUUGGAAACAAUUUGGUAAACAAAUGUAAGUUGCAGUUAUUCAUGGGAAUAUUCCUAUUGUACAUGUAGUACAGAACUGUUUGUAAACCAACAUACAAUUCCUCAUUAAAAGGGAAUCAGUUGGUGUAAGAUAAUAAAAUGAGUACUUGAGCAUC